AUGGCUCAUACACCCUCCAAAUCGAAGCCUAUCUCUUACGCCGACGCCGUUCGCACCUUCAAUGACCAAGAGGUCCAGGACGACAUCAACGACGCAUGCAGUAAACUCGCGCAAGCUAUGAGCGCGAUGAUGGACAAGUUCGAUUCUAUCGCGAAACAAGUGCACACAAUUGAUCUCCUCCGAGCCAAUCCUCCCCUCAAGCCCAGGUGGGACUCGAUGAGAAAGGACCUGGCAGAUCUACUGUGGCAAUUUCGCACGAACUCGAACAUUAUAUCUGGACGCCUGAAGCUGUUCUCAUCGACAGUCCUACCUAUGGCGGCGCGUAAUGUCGACAGAAGAUCAGGGAGAUCUCCAUACCAGGCCGAAAGCCUCCAAGUCUUGCAAACAUAUAUGUCGAUAUCUGCAGAACAAGCCGCCCUCAGCAGAUCCCUCAUCGAACGCGUGUUCAGGCUCAGCGCCCAAAUCAUUGCCUUUUUGACUGAGUUCACGAGGCUUGCCACUCACAGAGCAACAAGUGGGCAAAAAGAAAUGAGCGACUUGGCACAAAGGCUAUCCGAGCUCGAAACACAGAUGCAACAGCUGUUCCAGACGUCGUAUGAAGUCACAGCAGACGCUACACACCUCGCCUUCACUUCUUCUAGGUUGGUUGCCUCAUCUGGCCGACCCGCUGGACGAUCCAAGGUCACUCGCCGCCCCGUUGUGCUCGACGGCGAUCUCACCAAUAUUGGGAGGGCGUAUGAACACACUGAUCGCAAGCGCAACGAGGUCGCCCACGCCCAGUAUGCCGCCCAACUACGACAGAGCCGGACUGAUCCCCUCGCGGCUGCACAGGCGAUGCUAUGCGCGUUCCUCUUGGAUGAGCUCCUCACAUCCGAAUCCGGCUUGAGCCUCUUCCUCUCGAUAUGGUCGCGCCUGCACAGAGACUGCAAUGAUGUCUAUCAGUGGAUCGCCAACCCCGCCCAUACAGCAACUCCUGUAGCCAUUUCGUGCUUCAUGGAGCAACAUUGCAACCUUUAUAGCCCCUUCGCCGCUGGCCUCGACUUCUACGCUGCAGGGGUUGAUCCUGCCUUGUGUCCCAGCGAGCACCGAGAUUCCCGGUGA